GCAUAUAUUUUGUUAAGGUUAAUAUUGACAAGUAUUCAAUGUUAUACCUCAGAGUCAUUCCGAAUCGCAACUUUCACCCUGCAGCAUAUAGGCUUUAUAUGGAGCUCCUCAAGAGACAUGCUUUUUCAUUAACAUCUCAGAUCAGUGAGCCUAGUUAUCCAAAGCUGAUUCUUCCAGUGCUAUGCCCCAAUUUAUUGGUCUGUGAUGUGAUAGAGAAAAGGCUUGCAAGCACUUUCGUGCAACUUCCUUCAACUGCUCAAAUAUCCAUCUUUCUUUGAGCAUUUUUCAUAAGAUCAUGAAAUCAGUAGAUGAUGUUCUUCAACUUUCCAAGAUAUUUGGCCUUCCAGUUUGUGAACCUGGUCUAGUUCUUGUUGGAUUUGUUUUUUCUGUUGUAUGGCAGUUACUUAAUGCCUCAUUAGAUGAUGAGGGGUUGCUGGAACUUACUCCAGAAAAGAAAUCUAUAUGGUUGACUGUAUCUCAGGACAUGGAGAUAGACACUCCUGAUAGCUUUCUUGAGAAGAGAACUGAGAACCAGGAGAGGCUUUGCAAAGUAAAUACUACUAUGGCUAUAGAGAUAAUUGGAGAGUUCCUACAGGACAAAGUAACUUCUAGGAUUCUUUACUUGGCACGUCGAAACAUGCCGCUACAUUGGGGAAGUUUCAUUCAGCGACUAAGAUUGCUUGCAGUAAAGUCAGUAGCACUGCAAAAUUCAAAACAUAUAACUUCUGAAGUACUUCUGCAAUUGACAUCUGAUACACGUAGAGUUUUGUCAAGAAAAUGCAAAACUAUAUCACAACAAGAGUUUCAUGCAGUCAUAAGUUCUGGAUCUCUAAUGUCUUCUACUGGUCAAUUUCAUGGUGCUACUCGUUCUGCUCUUUGGCUCCCUAUUGAUCUGUUUCUUGAAGAUGCAAUGGAUGGUUCACAGGUGGCAGCAACUAGUGCUGCUGAUGUUCUAACUGGUUUAGUAAAGGCUCUGCAAGCAGUUAAUGGCACCACAUGGUGUGAUGCAUUUCUGGGCCUAUGGAUUGCAGCUUUACGACUCGUUCAAAGGGAAAGGGACUCUAGUGAGGGUCCUGUGCCUCGUCUUGACACCUGCUUCUGCAUGUUGUUGUCUAUUACAACACUUGCAGUAGCAAAUAUUAUUGAAGAAGAGGAAAGUGUGCUGCCUGAUGAAAAUAAAAGUGACCCAACUAAUCAAGCGAAAGAGUUGCAAGCAACAGGAAUGUGUCGCAAGAAUUUAGUUUCCAGCUUGCAGAUGUUGGGUGAUUAUGAUGGCCUGUUGACUCCACCUCAAUCUGUCCGUUCAGUAGCAAACCAGGCUGCUGCAAAAGCAAUCAUGUUCAUUUCAGGUCUUAAAGUUGUUAAUGAUUCUGAAUGCAUCAGCAUGAAUGACAUGCCCAUGAACUGCUCUGGAAACAUGCGGCAUCUGAUUGUUGAGGCUUGUAUUGCUAGAAACCUGCUGGACACAUCAGCGUAUUUAUGGCCAGGUUACGUGAAUGCAUGCAGCAAUGUGCCCCGUAGUCUUCCUAGCCAAGUGCCUGGUUGGUCAUCAUUGAUGAAGGGAUCCCCUCUAACUGCAUCAUUGACAAGUGCUCUGGUCUCAACUCCAGCUUCUAGCGUAGUAGAGAUUGAGAAAAUAUAUGAGAUUGCAAUCAAUGGUUCAAAUGCUGAGAAGAUAUCUGCUGCAACCAUUCUUUGUGGGGCAUCUCUAGUUCGUGGUUGGAGUAUACAGGAACACACCAUUCUUUUCAUUGUUAGGUUGUUGUCACCUCCAGUUCCUGCGGAUUAUUCGGGAACUGAUAGCCAUUUGAUUGGUUUUGCUCCAUUCCUGAAUGUUCUUCUUGUUGGAAUAUCCCCUGUAGACUGCGUACAGAUAUUUUCUUUGCAUGGCUCAGCUCCACUACUCGCUGCUGCAUUAAUGCCUAUCUGUGAGGUCUUUGGGUCAAAUCCAAAUGUUUCAUGGACCCUUCCAACAGGGGAAGAACUGUCUUGUCAUGCAGUGUUUACCAAUGCAUUUACUCUUUUACUAAGGUUAUGGAGGUUUGAUCAUCCACCUCUUGAACAUGUCAUGGGAGAUGUGCCACCUGUGGGAUCUCAACUAAGUCCUGAUUAUCUUUUGUUGGUUCGGAACAAUCAGCUGGCAUCUUUUGGAAAAUUGCCAAAAGAUCGCUUGAAAGGCAAGAGACUAUCAAGGAAUUUAAAUUUCUCUCCAGAGCCCAUAUUUAUGGAUUCUUUUCCCAACUUAAAAUGCUGGUAUCAGCAACAUCAAGAAUGCAUUGCCUCCACCCUCUCUGGUCUUGUACAAGGGACUACUGUUCAUCAAAUUGUUGAUGCUCUCCUCCAUAUGAUGUUCAGAAAGAUGAACAGGGGUAGCCAGUCCUUAACUCCUACAUCUUCUGGAAGUAGUAAUUCAUCUGUAUCUGGAACUGAGGAUUUCUCUAGCAGACUGAAAGUGCCUGCAUGGGAUAUCCUGGAAGCAACUCCCUUUGUCCUGGAUGCUGCUCUAGCAGCAUGUGGCCAUGGAAAACUCUCUCCCCGUGAAUUUGCCACAGGACUCAAAGAUCUUGCUGAUUUUCUGCCGGCAACUCUGGCAACUAUUGUCAGCUACUUUUCUGCUGAAGUAACACGGGGAAUAUGGAAGUCAGCUUUCAUGAAUGGAACAGAUUGGCCAAGCCCUGCUGCGAAUCUAUCUUCUGUCGAACAACAAAUCAAGAAAAUUAUAGCUGCCACUGGUGUUGAUGUCCCCAGCCUUGCCGCAGGGGGGAACUCUCCAGCCAUGCUUCCUUUGCCAUUGGCUGCCCUAGUUAGCCUCACAAUAACCUAUAAGCUUGAGAAAGCCUCUGAACGCUUUCUCGUGCUAAUAGGCCCAGCCUUGAAUUCCCUAGCCGAAGGCUGUCCCUGGCCUUGCAUGCCCAUUAUAGCCUCACUUUGGGCUCAGAAAGCAAAGCGCUGGAGUGAUUUCCUUGUGUUCUCUGCUUCUCGUACUGUCUUCCACCAUAGCAGUGAUGCUGUGGUUCAACUCUUAAGGAGUUGCUUCACAUCCACUCUUGGGCUUAGUCCUGUCCACAUUUGCAGCAAUGGUGGAGUAAGUGCACUUCUUGGACAUGGAUUUGGGUCUCACUUCUCUGGGGGUAUGUCUCCAGUUGCACCAGGGAUUCUGUACUUAAGGGUGCAUCGAUCUAUCAGAGAUAUCAUGUUCAUGACAGAAGAAAUUCUGUCUCUUCUAAUGACUUCAGUCAGAGAUAUAGCUAGUAGUGGGCCACCACAAGAGAAACUGGAGAAACUGAAGAAGACAAAGUAUGGAAUGAGAUAUGGGCAAGUUUCUCUCGCUUCAUCAAUGACUCGAGUCAAGCUUGCUGCUUCACUUGGGGCUACAUUGGUUUGGAUAUCUGGUGGAUCAAGCUUGGUCCAAUCCUUAAUCAAAGAGACGUUACCAUCUUGGUUUCUAUCGGUCCAUGCAUCAGACCAUGAAGGUGGGGAAUAUGGAGCUGCAAUUUCUAUGCUGGGGGGUUACGCACUUGCAUACUUUGCAGUGCUUUGUGGGACGUUUGCAUGGGGCAUUGAUACAGCCUCGGCAGCCUCAAAGCGGCGACCAAAGGUUCUCGGAGCCCACUUGGAAUUUCUUGCAAGUGCAUUGGAUGGAAAGAUAUCACUUGGUUGUGAUUCUGCUACUUGGCGGGCAUAUGUGACAGGAUUCGUAAGCUUGAUGGUUUCUUGCACGCAAGCAUGGGUGUUGGAGGUUGAUGUUGAUGUUCUGAAAAGGAUGAGCAAAGGGUUGAAGCAAUGGAACGAGGAAGAAUUGGCUCUAGCCUUGCUGGGGCUUGGAGGGUUUGGUGCCAUGGGUGCAGCCGCAGAACUGAUCAUUGAAAGUGGGGUUUAGAUUUUGUUAAUAAGCCUUUAGGAUGACAAAACAGGGCAACUUACGUACUUUUUCUUUAGCCCUUUAGGUUAGUAUUUCCAUCUUUUUCAUUUUGUGUAAAAUCAUGGUAUGUAGAUGUAGCUUUUAGCAGGAUUAGGAUCGAGAAAAAAAACCUUUAGAACAUUUCUGUAAAUUUGAUUCUCAGGUUUAUUUGUCUAUUAAUCAUUAUUCUUUUUCUUUAGAGAAGUAUUAAAUUGGUAGAUCUUUA